GGCCCCGGGAGCGGUGCGGCGGUGGCGGCGGGCGCUCAUGGCCCUCCCGGGGGAGGCGGCCCGGCUGGACGGGGGCUGGCAGGAGGUCUACUCGGCUCUGCAGUGGAUACAGUUCACCAUGGCCAUGCUCAGCGUUAUAGGUUCCAGCUCGAUCGUUGCUUACGCCGUCUUCCAAAACGCAGUGCGGUCCCCUGAGGUUCGCCCUCUUUUCUACCUGAGUCUCUCUGACCUAUUUCUGGGCAUGUGCUGGCUCGCUGGGGCCCUCCUCUACAGCACACCAACAUCCAAGCAGGACCUCAUCUGCUAUAACCUGCAAGCAACAGGACAAAUAUUCUACGUGGCCUCUUUCCUUUACACUGUCAACUACACCUGGCACCUGUACAUGGACCUAAAGGUGAAAUACAAUCAAAACCUUUACCGGAUGCCCCCCCAGGUUGUAGAUUAUGUGAGUUGCAUUGGCCGAGUAGCAACGAUCUCAUCUAGCUUGGUCCCUUUCCUUCUCAUGGUGCCUGUGUUUUGCCUGGGCAACAGCAGUAAUUGUUACCAAAACUUCAGCCAAAAGCAUGGGUGUCUCUUGAUGCACACAGAAAUCGCCGUGUCCUCCAGCGAGCCACAAACCCUGAGCGGCUCCGUUUGCCAUGCGAUGCAUUUCUAUGGCAUUGGGGUCUUCCUCAUUUCUUUUCUGAUCAGCUUCAUAGCCAUUCUGGUUAUACUGAGUCAAGCCCGAGGUUUAUACAAAAGGUUCGUAAACUCCACGGGAUUCCUGGGCGACCAGCAGUGGGCCAUGAUUAAGAUGGUGGAGCAACGAGUGGUUUUUUACCCCGUCGCAUUCUUCUGCUGCUGGGCCCCAGCUGUCCUCCUUGGAAUACUGAAGCUGACAACAGCAACAAACAGCAAAAUCUACAUGGCUCUUCUAAUCCUGCAGGCUCUGACAGCAGCUUCCCAGGGGCUCCUCAACUGCAUUGUCUAUGGCUGGACACAGCACGUCUUCCUCUCCCUCAAACGCAACGCCUGCCGGGACGUUGACACCCAGACUCCUCUCCUGCGUUCCCAGAAGAAGUUCUACGCCAGCACGCUCCCCGCCAGCCCGCCAGAUGCAGGAGGGUCCACAUCCACCUUGCUCUGAGGAAUCCCUGCCCUGGAGGAGAACUGGGAGCAUCCUGACAAGACCUCGUCGUGCUUUAGCAGUGUCAGCCAGACCUGGCUGUCCCCUGGGAACUUUCCUGGCAGCAGCAAAGUGAGCUGUAGUGCUGGAGGAGCCUGAGCGGAGCUGUUGGAGACAGACACCUCAGUGAAGAUAGUUAUUUAUUUUACAGGUUUAUGUGGACUGUAAAUGGAUUCUUUAAACGUGGUAAAUCUUUAGUGCAGACUUUCCCCUCACGGAAAUAUCUCUAGAAAUGCAGCCAAUUAUAUGUAGGAGCUCAGAGAUUUGGUACAGCUCCUUUGAGGGUAGGUGGUCAAAGGUUGUUUUACUUCUGUAAGUAUUUGCCAUUACAAGUUAACAGUAAAGCAAAGGUGAAUAUUUUUCAA